GUUUUUCUUGCUAAAUUUAAAUGUGUUCGAUAAACGUAGGCCUACCUUAACAAUUAACAGUGAAAAGAGAUAAAUUACGUUUCUCAAACAUGGCUUCUGAAACACAGGGCGUGCCUCAGCUUGAACUGGAGUCUGUAAUUGGGUUCAGCGGUCAAGUGAUUUCUGGUUUGAGAGUGCAUCCCGACAGAGAGUACCUGAUCUAUCCUCUGGGGAGCGCUGUCAUCCUGAAGAGAAUCAAAGAUGGCAAGCAGGAGUUCCUGCAUGGACACACCAACAAUGUGUCCUGUAUUGCAGUGUCCAAAGGUGGACUGUACAUUGCAUCUGGUCAGGUCAACUUCAUGGGCUUUAAGGCUACGGUUAUCAUCUGGGACUAUGCCAAACGAACAAUCUAUGCCACGCUGCUGCUCCACCAGGCUAAAGUAGAGGCCCUGGCCUUCUCUCCCAAUGACAAGUACCUAGUGUCCCUCGGAGGUCAGGAUGAUGGCAGCAUUGUAGUAUGGAAUAUUGAGACCAAGAAGGCCAUCUGUGGGAGUCCAGCAUCAGCGCACAGUGCCGGGCACUGCCUCACUGUGCAGUACUCAAACACAAAUGACAAUAUUUUUGUUUCUGCGGGGAGUGGUACAUUGCGAGUCUGGGAGCUGGAUGUCCCCAACAGGAAGAUCAGGCCCACAGAGUGUCAGAGAGGCAAGCUGAAGAGGAUUGUGAAAUGUUUAGAGAUCUCAGAGGAUGAUAAAUUCAUUUUCUGUGGCACCACCAGUGGAGACAUAAUGAAAGUCAACCUGAAGACAGGGCUUCUGAGUGACUGUGGUCCUCUUAAAGCAAAAUACAGCCUGGGUGUCAAUGUCCUAAGGGUGCUGAAGUCUGGGGACCUUCUUGUAGGCUCUGGAUCUGGCACAUUUACUCUCUGUUCCAGCACUAACUUCAAAACUCUUAAGAAAGUGGAGCUGGAAAAGGCGGUGACCUCCAUCGCUAUAAGAGGAGAGGGCCAGCAGUUCUGGGUUGGGACCUGCGCUGCUCAAAUGUUCCGCUUCAGUUAUGAUGACUUCAAAGCUGAACUCGUUUCCACAGGCCACAACAGUGCUGUCAAGGAUGUAGCCAUAUGUUUUGGAACAUCUGAGCUAUUUGGAACCUGCUCUGAUGAGGACAUCAGGUUGUGGCACAUAGACAAGCCCAAAGAGCUGCUACGCAUCACUGUGCCCAACAUGACCUGCAACUCCCUGGACUUCAUGGCUGACGGACAUAGCAUCAUCAGCGCAUGGAAUGAUGGCAAGAUUCGUGUGUUUGCACCAGAAAGUGGCCGGCUCAUGCUCACCAUUGACAAUGCACACAGAAUGGGUGUGACAGCAAUUGCUGGCACCAGGGACUGCAAGAGGAUCGUCAGUGGAGGGGGAGAAGGGCAGGUCCGUGUCUGGGAGCUGCAGCCACCUGGCCAUCGGCUGCUGGAGACCAUGAAAGAGCACAAAGCCACCGUCACAUGUAUCAAAAUCAAAAGUGACGACAAAGAGUGUGUGACUGCCAGCUCUGAUGGUGCCUGCAUCAUCUGGGACUUAGUGCGGUUCGCGAGUCUUCAAAUGGUGAUUGCCAACACAAUGUUCCGGACUGUGUGUUACCACCCAGAGGAAUACCAGCUCAUUACCAGUGGCACUGACAGAAAGGUUGCCUACUGGGACGUGUAUGACGGAUCUGCCAUCAGAGAACUGGAGGGCUCGAAGGCUGGGGCCAUCAAUGGCAUGCACAUCACACAGGAUGGCAAACACUUUGUUACAGGUGGAGAUGACAAGCUGGUGAAAGUGUGGGACUACAUGGAAGGUUCGGUAACCCAUGUAGGAAUAGCUCACGGUGGCAGUAUCACCAGCAUCAAGGUCUGCUCCAACAACCGCACCCUGGUCAGCACCAGCGCAGACGGAGCCAUUAUCAGAUGGAGGUUCCCUCACCCUGCUUCCUCUUAAUGUCACAUGUGGAGUCCUGCAAACUACGGGUUCUACUUUUAAUACAGGAACACUACACUCAUACUCAUAUGUAUCCAACAUUGUCCCCUUAUUGUUCUUCUUAGCAAAUAUUUCUAUGAGAGUUCUGACAUUGCAGAAAAGGUUCAAAACCAGACCAAAGGAAAAUAAUCCUCUGUUAGAUUAUUUUAUAUUUUCCAGUAAGGAUGAGAUUUAAAGAAGUGUAAACAUUACACUUUCUGAGCAGUCUGGUCUCUUAAAUGGUAAUUCCCCACAGGAGCUGAAUAUGGGUUGGAAUUCACAGAGCGACACUUUACUUGAAUUUAAAAUUACACUUCAAGGCACAAGAACUUACUAUUCACAUCGAAGUGUCGGUAUUCUUUAACUUCAUAAGAACAACAGAAUGAAUGCUGUUUUACAGACUGUCUCAAACCAGAAUAUGUAAAAACAAGUCCAUAUAAUACAGCAUAUUAAAUGUACUUAGUUAUGGUUCUUUAGUCUGUUUCUGUAGAGAAAAGCGGAGGCUUAGAUUGUUGGCUGCCUAAGCACAGGGCUGCUGUCAGCUAAUCUAUCAACAGUGACUCCCUGAAGGAUUCUAGUUUAGACAGCAGAAAGCUUCUCUGACUGUCUCUGAUCUGAACCAACUCUACCCACCAUUGUUUAAAAUGGAUAAUCUAAAUAAUUAAUCACUCGCCCCUGCUUCCCCCCAAAAAAGUAAAAUGGCAAACCUGCAGUAUAUUCAGUAAGAUCAUCCCUGGAUCAGUAAAAGAUCUCUGUCUUAGUACACUGGUUAUGCAUAGAGGACAAUUGUGGGUCCUCUACUGUAGGGAAGCUGAGUUUGACACAUAAUUAGAUGUUUUUUUUACAAUGGUGUACCAUACACGCUUUUUUCUUACAUUGCUGGAAUAAUUGCAUCGGGGAAAUUAUGGAGAUUUUGGAUGGGGCUCUGACGAUCUAUUUCAAUAAAUCAGUACAUCUGGCCGACUAUUUUCAAUCUUUAGUACUGCUGAGCUGUGAAAUUAAGCUUCAGGAUGAUUAGAUUCUGAAUUCAACACAAAAGCUGCUGGAUCCCCCUUUAAAAACUAGGACUGCAUGUUUCUGGCCGAGUGGUUCUUUAUUUUAUUAAGAACUCUUUUUUCCAUCGUUGUUUAGACUAUUACUUAGUCAGGACAGUUCCUUUGAAAUACUAGUAAAAGAAUGGAGACUUACAGGCAAUACCAGCAAUAUCCACUUUCCACCUGAGUCAAAGCUCAUGUUAAACAGUAGUAUGUUUCCUUAAGGGCAGUUUGAGGAGACCCUUAAAGAUGUCACAGAAAAAAGCAUUUCUAAGGUAAUGAUAUUUUUAAACUAAUUCCAAGCCAAGGGUGCAUAGAAAGAGAAAGCUUCUUUUUUUUUACCAAGCUCUGAGCACAUCCAUUUGUUUUACCUUGUGGAGCUUCCAGGGUGUAUAGCAGCAGCAUGAAUGUGUGUAAAGGCAGCCAGGCUAUUUAUAGGAUGCUGUAGAUGUGUAUGUAAAUGUUGGUGUGUUAUAGAUAACACAUCUCAAUGACAGGGUCAAGCAAAGAAGUAGCUGGUUUGUCUUCAUUGUAGGCUUGAGGUUGGACAUAUGGUGAGGUUGAAGUGUAAGAUUAAUGUAGACAACAGCUAUGUAUGGAGACUGAUUGCCUGCCAGAGCCUCUGUUUGUAGUCACCAUCCAUCCAUCUUCUCCUGCUUUUCCGUCAGGGUCGCGGAGGUAACAGCUCCAGUCACUGUUAACAUUUCUUGUUAUAACGAUAACCAAACAUAGAAAUGUACUUAACAAUACCACAGAGAGAUGCACAACUACCACAUAGAAACAAAAUGACCACAGCAAGAAACAAAACGACUAAACAGACACAAACCAACCCAAAAAAGACAUAAAAAGACCAUAAAGAGACACACAGCAACCAAAAAUAGACGCUGCACGUCAAAAAAGAGCUGCAAAAUGACCAAAAAGAUACACAAAACAACCAAGGACAUGUCAAAUGAGCACCAAAAGAGACCAAUCAAAGAUACAAAACAACUAAAAAGAUAACUCUAUGUAUAUGUGGCUCUUAAUAAUAAUAAUAUUUUUUUUAAUUUAUGGUCGCCUUUCAAAGCUCUCAAGGAGAACUUACAGAAAAUAAUAGUUAGGAGGAGUGCUCUUUAUAUGUCUGUACUUAUGAGCCUAUAUUAGGAUCAUCCAACAAAUGUCAAUGAUUUCUUCUUUAACACCUCCUAAAAGGUUAAAUCAGGUGAUGUUGUAAUUGGUCCUACAGGGGGCAGUUUAAGGCUACAGUGCUUGACAACAUUGUGUUCUCUCAUCAACAUUAAAUUAAUCAACUUCCUUGUUCCUUGUGCAACAAUCAAGACAUGUUAAUGUUUGUACUUUUUGCCAUUCCAGGAACAAUGUGAAACUGUACGAAACAUUAUUUCCUGCUCAUUGUAUGAACAUUUAUUUUGAUAGGUGUAAUUCAAUACAAUUAAAGAAAUGUCUAAGGGGAGGGCAUUAGACGUGAUCAUCCCAACAUAAACGUGUUCAUUGUAAAACCCCAUUGAGAGGACGAAGGGAGGGAGAA